AUGAAUAUUUCUUACACAUCCACCCUAUCGGUGUCCAAUUUAGUGGAAUAUUCUCCAGUUUGGAGCUUCGAAAGUGGGGCCUCAAGAUCACACACUCAGCUAUCUACUAUGAGGGGCAAUAUACGGUUCGACAAACCGGAGGUUGAGAAGAAUCGAAUACUCGAUUCGUUGCUAAAGGAAGAUCGAAUACUCGAAAUUGUCGAUGAUAGUAUUGUGGGAGAUAAUUAUAAACAGAUAAUGGAAGUUGCUAAGCUUGCAAAAGAGUGCUUAAAUGUGAAAGGUGAAGAUAGGCCUAGUAUGAAAGAGGUGGCUAUGGAGUUGGAAGGUUUGAGGCUCGGCGGAAAACGACACUACUCGUGGGCCCGGAACGGGGAAGAAGGAGAAGAGACGGAAUCUUUGAUUCGUGAUCGAUUGAAUGAAUUUGUUGUUAAAUAA